AUGAACAAAAGAAGUGAUGUACUUUCUGGUGUAAGAAACCCUUUUUAUUUAAAUUCAACAAUUACAUCUGAGUAUAUAACCACAUUCUACGCUGCACUAAUGAAGGUAGGCGGAGUUCCAGUAACGUUUUCAAUCCAAAUACAGACAUUUUUCCUAUUCAUGUCGGUCUACAUUUUACAAUUUUCAUUUACAUACAGAAUUACUGGUAACAAGUUUGCUUCUUUGUUAUCAUCUCUUGCCGUUAUUUUACCUGGUGGAUUUGGUUUCAUGGAAUGGCCGAUCUAUCAAGUCAGAAAUCAAAAAAAUGUUGAUUAUAUCAAUAUUAUUUCAAAAAAUCAUUCAAUAUUUUGGGGACAUCCACUAGUACACUGUUUAUUGAUUUCUAGGACAUCAACUUUGUCCCUUUCUUUAGCUAUUUUUACUUAUAUUCUGCUUGAAUCAAAAUUGGACAUUUUUGCAGGUAUUUCUCUAAUGAUGUCUUCAAUCACGAGACCACAGAAUGGAUUUAUACUUAUGUUCUUCUACUUAGUUUAUUGUUCUGACUUCAAAAAAGUUUUGAAUAAUAUUUGGCUGGGACCAUCCUUCAAAAUGAGAAUUAAGACUCAGCUCAAUGAAUAUUAUGUCAGAAUUAUAAUGGCAAUUCUUAAUUUCCUCAUUUAUUUCAUGACAAACAUUGAUUUUCAAAAAUCUUCAUCAAUGUGGUCGAAGAGCUCAUCCAAUAGUUCUGCUGUUCCAUUUAUAUCAUUCUUCAUAUCAUGCUAUGGAUUACAUUUCUUUGGAUUCAUUUCUUCGUGUAAUCUCAAAAGAUCUAUAAAUUUCAUCAUGACAUUAUCACUUUACUAUUUCUGUGGAUGGUUUACUUUCCAGUCACUUCAUCGCAAUAACUUUGCAAUUGUUUUUUCAAUUCUUUCUCCGAUAAUUAUUUCAUAUUCUUUUGCAUCGUACGGGAGAUUCUAUAAUCGUCUGAAAAACAAAGAAUUAAUAGGUAUUUAUGAUGCAUUUUUGUUGUUUAUUUUCAUAAUUGGUGCAACUUCUGCAAUAUUAGGUUUCGAGAACCGUAAAAAGGUCACAAUCGUCAGAUCAACAGAUAAUGAGACCGAUCUUGUUGAAUGGGUAGUCGAAAAUACGUCAAGAUUCGACGUUUUCUACAAUAAAUUCCCGAUGAGAUGGAAUCCUGUUGUAACUAAGGCAGGAAGACAACUAUUCUAUGGAGAUGAUAAUAUGAUGCCAUAUUUGAUCGAAAACUUCGAAAAAAAUAAAGAUAUGGUCCAAACAAUUUAUUACAAGAAUUUCACUUAUUCGGACAUUGAUUACUUCAUCUACGUAACAAGUGAUAAGGAUGGUAAAGAUAUUAAAAACAAUCACAGAAAAAUUUUGAAAUUAGUUUAUGAAAAUGACAAAUAUUUCAUAUUUAAGAACAUCGUUAAGCACAAAGACGACUAA